AUGGAGGUUCCGUUAAGGAAACGUGUUGCUGUUGUUGGCCAUGGCAUGGUUGCCAGCGCUUUCAUUGAAAAGCUCCUCAAUUACGAUGCCCGAGACGAGUGGGAGAUUACUGUCUUUGGUGAAGAGCCCUACAUUGCCUACAACCGUGUUGGCCUGACACAAUAUUUUGCCACUCGUUCCAUCGAAGAUCUCUACCUCAAUCCUCUUGCCUGGUACUCGUCAUUUCCAGAAGGGAAAUUGAAGCACAUCAUAUCAGAUCCUGUUACAUCUAUCGAUGCUAGUGCGAAGACUCUCAAGACAUCCAAGGGCAUUGAAUUUGUCUACGACGAGUGUGUUCUUGCUACAGGCUCUAGUGCUGCAUUGCCGCCGUUCCUCUCACGAGAUCGGUUCAAUGAGACUCGAGGUUCCUUCGUGUACAGGACCAUCAAGGAUCUAGACGACAUAAUUGCGUACGCUACGGACGCACCGAAGACCCUUGGUCACCCAAUCAGGAAAGCAGCCGUCAUCGGCGGCGGCCUCCUUGGUCUGGAAGCUGCCAAAGCGCUCCUUGAUCUGGGGGAAGUUGGUCAAGUCAUUCUGAUCGAGGGUGAUGGCUGGCUCCUUAGCCGUCAACUUGACCAGGAAGGCGGGAACCUAGUCUUACAGAAAGUAAAGUCUCUAGGUGUUGAAGUGUAUCUUGGGGCGCGCGUGCAGAGCCUCCUCUGGGACAGCGAAGAGAGAGUCAAUGGCCUUGUCCUCCAAGGGAAAGGUGGCGAGCCUGAUCAGCAGGUCGAGAUUGAUAUGCUCGUCUUCUCUGUCGGCGUUAGGCCUCGUGAUGAGCUGUCAAAAACUACAGGCCUUGCCGUCACCCAACGCCCAGGAGGCUUCAUCGUCGACACACAACUGCGCACCAACCUGCCAAAUAUCUAUGCUAUUGGCGAGUGCGCCAACUAUCUCGGUCAGGCGUACGGUCUGAUUGCGCCUGGUGUUGAGAUGGCUGACAUCCUCUCCUUCAACUUCACCGAAGGUCCGCAUCACAACCUCCGGCACUUGCAGGUGCCUGACCUCAGCACCAAACUCAAGCUGAUGGGCGUCGAUGUCGCUUCUUUCGGUGACUACUUCGCUGAUAGAGGUAUGAUCAGUAAGCCAAUUCCAGGCACCACUCCGCGCGCAGCACGAGCGAACGGUGCUUCUCAAGGACAACCUACUCUUUCUCCAGAGGAGAUCAAAGCCAAGGUCAAUGCUGUCACAUAUCGGGACCCUUUCUCGAGUAUAUACAAGAAGUAUAUUUUCACCACAGAUGGUAAAUAUCUUCUUGGAGGAAUGAUGGUUGGUGACGUUAAAGACUACGUCAAGCUUGUAGCAAUCUGUCGGAAGGGCUCUCCCAUGGAAAAGCCCCCGUCACAAUUCAUUCUCGGAGCCAAAGCAGAUGGCGAGGAGGAAGGAGAUGAUCUUCCAGACGAUGCCCAGGUCUGCAGCUGCCACAAUGUCUCCAAGGGCGCCAUCACCCAAUGCGUCAAGAAUGGCGCGCGGUCCUUUGGCGAGGUCAAGACAAGCACCAAGUGCGGAACCGGCUGUGGAGGCUGCGUGCCACUUGCAACGAGCAUCUUUAACCGUGCCCUCGUGGCGGCUGGUGUUGAAAUUUCUAACCACAUCUGCAAGGAUUUCGCUUAUUCCCGUCAGGAUCUAUAUCAGAUCAUCAAAUUUAGGAAACUCAAGGAUUUCUCUGCCGUUAUGAAGGGUGUGGGAAGGAAGCCCGAUAGUCUCGGCUGUGAAGUCUGUCGACCUGCUGUUGGUUCGAUCCUAAGCUCCGUUUAUAACGAAUGGAUUAUGAAGCCGUCACUCCGCCAAACGCAGGAUACGAAUGACCGAUAUCUCGCCAACAUGCAGCGAGACGGAACCUAUUCUGUCGUUCCGCGACUGCCAGCUGGUGAGAUUACACCGGACGGUUUGGUCGUCAUCGGGCAAAUUGCUGCUGAAUAUGGCCUGUAUACCAAGAUCACCGGCGGCCAGCGUAUUGACAUGUUCGGAGCCAAGAAGCAGGACCUCCCCCAGAUCUGGGAGAAGCUUAUCAAAGCCGGCUUCGAGAGCGGCCACGCGUACGGCAAGGCUCUGCGCACCGUCAAGUCUUGUGUGGGCAGCACAUGGUGUCGAUACGGCGUUGGUGACUCGGUCGGUCUGGCCGUGGAACUCGAGCAGCGGUACAAGGGUCUGCGGGCGCCCCAUAAGCUGAAGGGCGGUGUGUCAGGGUGUAUUCGGGAGUGUGCAGAAGCCCAAGGGAAGGACUUUGGGUUAAUUGCGACGCCAAAGGGGUGGAAUGUCUACGUUGGUGGUAAUGGCGGCGCGAAACCGCGGCAUGCCGAGCUGAUUGCUGAGAAUGUCACUCGACGAGAGGCCGUGAAGAUCAUUGACCGCUUUAUCAUCUUCUAUAUUCGGUCAGCGGAUAAAUUGGAACGAACUGCACGUUGGGUUGAGAGGUAUCCGGGCGGGUUGCAGGGUGUUAAGGAUGUUGUUGUCAGUGAUAAACUUGGUAUCUGCGCUGAUCUUGAGCAAGAGAUGGACAGUCUUGUUGGCACAUACCACUGCGAAUGGACCGAGGUUGUGAAUAACCCCGAGCGUCGGCGUAUGUUCAAGCAGUUCGUCAAUACGGAUGAGGUACAGAUUGAGAGCGAGAAAAUCACACAGCGGAAACAGCAGCGCCCCGCGGACUGGUCAGACAAAGAAAGCCCGUUACGAUUUAGCAUCCACGAUGUGACCAAGGAUGCGAAGUGGGAAUGGCGACCAGUCUGCAAACUCUCGUCGUUGGACUGCCAGGAUGCUUCGCCUACCUCGGUGACUAUCAAGUACGGCAACGUCCAGCUGGCAGUCUGGAAUAUUCCCGGCCGCGGCCUCCGAGCAGCGCAAAAUAUGUGCCCUCAUCGGCGAGCGUUUGUCUUGUCUGAUGGCUUGGUGGGAGAGGACGCCAACGGAAAUGAUUAUGUCUCCUGCCCACUACAUAAGCGAAAUUACCAGUUGAAUUCAGACCCAAAUCAGGGCGGCGGCAGUUGCUCAGAUAGCGACUACUCAAUCAUGACCUUCGAAGCAAAACAGGAUCUCGAGAACGACCAGAUUCUCCUCAAACUCCCACCUACGGAGGCCCUUGACGCAAUCCUCUCCACGUCGAAAUGGAUGUUGCUCAAGGCCAAGGAAGAGUCAGACUUACUCAAUGGAGACUCCAAUCAUUCUAUUGAGUUUGCCGAGCCUCGCAGCCGCAUGGAUGCCACGUCAGUAGAUGAGUCUCGUCCCGCCGUUGCUUGUGGUGGGGGUUCCAAUCUUGAGUGGUAG